CGCAAAACCACCACCACCUCCUUCCAACCAUAACCAUUUCUCUUUCUCUUUCUCUUUCUCUUUCUGCUACCAACUUUACCCUUCACUCUCCUCACUUACAGAGAGAGAAUGGGAGAUCAUAUGUACAACUAUGACAAGAAUCUGUCAUCGUCCUCUUCUUCACAGGACGAAAUCUCUCUUUUCCUGCGUCAGAUUCUGCUGCGUUCCUCACAACCUCACCAAGAUUCACCACCACCGCCACAACAACAACAACAACAACUCCCUUCUUCUUCUUCCUCUUCUUGUUUCCCAUCAACCUCACAGCUUCAAGAUGGGAAGAUCUCUGCACUUGGUUCCACCCCUGCUGGUUUUCUCUCUGCCUCCUCCAUGAAGGGGCACGGAGGUAAUUCUGCUCCAAAUGUCUCUUCUUCUUCCGUAGGACUCAGUGCGAACGAUACUGAUGACUAUGAUUGCGAAAGUGAGGAGGGUGUUGAAGCCUUGGCAGAAGAUGUUCCAGCAAAGCCUGUACCUUCUAGGAGUUCAUCAAAGAGGAGCAGAGCAGCAGAAGUUCAUAAUUUGUCAGAAAAGAGAAGGAGGAGUAGGAUCAAUGAAAAGAUGAAGGCCUUGCAAAAUCUAAUUCCGAAUUCUAACAAGACUGAUAAGGCUUCAAUGCUGGAUGAGGCUAUUGAAUAUCUUAAACAGCUUCAGCUCCAAGUACAGAUGCUAUCGAUGAGAAAUGGAUUGAGUUUGCACCCUAUGAGCUUUCCCGAAGGAUUGCAGCCUCUACAGUUCUCAAGAAUGAGUAUGGAGUUUAGUGAAGAAAACAGGGCCAUCCCUGUAAACAUGACAGAAAGUCUGCCUUUGCACCAAGGCAACCCCUUGCACUACGCAUCCCUACCUAACAAACCAACCAUGCCAAAUCAGCCAUCAGUGACUUACCCUCCAUAUCUUAAUAACUCAGAAGCGCCUUUUGGGCUGGAACCGCCAAUCCUAACACAUAUAAAACACCUUCAACCAGGAAGAUUUUCUGAGGCGCAUAGGGAAGACACACUGCAGCAGCAGCAAUCAAAUGCAAGCCAUUCAGAUACCGAUCCAUUAGGUGGUUCUCAAGUUGCAAAAGAGUUGGAGACAGGAACCAUGGUCACAACAUCACUCUCCUUUGACCUGCAAACAUGUGAACCUAAGGACAACAACCCUUUGCAAAUUUGCAUUGCUGGAAGCGAUCAAUCAUCAUCAGUGAUCAUUAGGAAUAGUUAACCCACGUUAUUCUUGCAUCACAAGUAACAUAGUUAAGUAGGUAAUUAGUACAUGAUGCCAUUAAGAAACUAUAUUCAAUAUAUAUACCUUGAUCACCUUCAUGCGUGGAAUGCAGCAUGUCCUGAAAAGUAUUCAUCAGUGCAAACGGAAAUGGUGCUUGAAAUGAUAACAGGAAGACGAGGGAUUUGAAGCUUUUGCAAAGCUUCCUAUACUUAUUUUUGUAUUUUAGUUUGCUCAGGAAGAUCAUACCUUGAGCAUUCUAUGGUGUUAUCUACACGCGUCUUUUCCUAAUUACAUGAGAGUAGAAUAUCUCUCCAGUUAAAUUAUGUAUUCAUGAUGCUAGGAGAGAGAAAAAUUGCCAAUUGUUGUACACUUGCA